AAGAAGAGAGCAGAGCGAGGGCGUGAUAGUCAUUUCUUAGGAUCCCCAUCACCCUCGCAUGAUCAGUUUUCUUCAUCUCUCACGUCUGGAAUUGAAUAGACAAUUAUUAUUAUUAUAUAAAAUAAAACUCAGUUUCCCUCUUGAGAUCAAAAUCUAAGAAAGAAGAAAGAGUUGUUUUGUACAUUCAUUUACGAAUAGUAGAAUUGGUACAAAGACGUUGCAUUUCCAUAGAUUCGAAUUUUGUCUGGUAGGGAGGGAGUGGAUCAUGGCGGAGGUUGUUGUGCACAUAUACGAUGUGACCAACACUGGAUCAGACAAAACCAACAACACCAUUCUUCAGAUCAACAGGAUCUUCAAAGACGGCAUCGGUCUAGGCGGCAUUUUCCACAGCGCCAUUCAGGUGUAUGGAAACGAUGAGUGGUCUUAUGGGUAUUGUGAACAAGGCACCGGUGUCUUCAGAUGUCCUAGCAGCAAGAACCCAAUGUACACCUAUCGUGAGAAAAUUGUUCUUGGGAGGACAGACUGCACUAUCUUUAUGGUUAAUCAGAUAUUCCGCGAGCUCACCAGGGAAUGGCCAGGACACACUUAUGAUCUCUUGUCUAGAAACUGCAACCACUUCUGUGAUGUACUCUGUGACAGGCUUGGUGUGCCAAAGCUCCCAGGUUGGGUGAACCGUUUUGCGCAUGCUGGCGACACAGCUUUGGAAGUAGCAGAAACCACAGCGAUGCGGUUAAAGCAAGCCAAAACUGAGCUUCUAUCAGCUAGUAAAGUAGCAUAUCGCUUCCUUUCGAAUGUUACCUCAAGCGUAACCAACAGCACCAAUGGCUCACCACAACAGCCUGGAACCGUCAACAAUUCAGACAAUGUGAACUCGAGAAUGCAAGGCACUUGGCUCAAAGGGAUGCUAAACACUUCGAAACCUUCCACAAGCACAGAGAUAGAGAAGAAAGAUGAAGAUGCAAAUCAUGACUCUGAGGUUCUACAGUUUCAGCAGCAACCGUAAUGCAUUCAUUUGGUUAAUUGCAUUGCAUAUCCACCCAGGACCAAAAGCUACUCAACUGUAUCCAUUACUUUGUAUCACACCAUUGGAACCCAUCUCUCUUUUUUUUCUCAACACGUUAAUGACAAGUAACCAAGCAAGUCUCAGCAUCAUAUCUUUCAAAGUUUUCAUUAAGAAAAUAGCUUCAAUACACACAUACGAAGAUGAGUUUUCAACAUGUAUAACAAAUACAACUCGCAAUGCGUCCAUUAUAUUGCAGGGGAAGGAAAGAAAACAAAGUAUAAAUCUAGCGUUUUAGUGAAA